CUUAAAAUGAUUUUCAGUUUGCUUUAAAUAUUCUUUGAUCAAACAAGAAAAUAAAAAUAAAUAAAUAAAAUAAAAAUGACUUCAAUAAUACAACCGGAAGCGUUCAUUCCGCAGGCUCAGGGCGUUGAGGCAGCUAUACCAAUAUGGCUUAAAUUAGACUGGAGCCCGGAAAUUGAGCAGGGGAUCUACAAGGACUGGGGAACUUAUUACUGCCGCCGGCGGAGGGAGAAUCUUGGCAUGUACUACUUCGACAAGGCCCUCAAACUAGGACCUACAGAUUUUACGACCCUGUACCGUCGUAGUCAGAGCAAGAGGAAAAAUGCCCUGGCCGAAAGUGCCCUCCAGGACAGUUUGGAUGCAAAGCAAAUAUUAAAAUUACUGCAUCGCGAUGACGCACCGAUUAACUUGGAAGUCUGCGAUGCACUCUAUGAAAUGAAUCAGUUGGAAAAUUCCAAAGCCGAGCUUCACAAUAACACCCGUCUGUUCACUGGUAACAAAAUCAAAAUGUUUGACCAACGUCUUAUUGUGGUGGACGAAAAUAUUGAAGAUUCUUGUGGCCCAUCGAUGACACACUUUGUCCAUGAAAAUGAAAAACUUAUAGUGCACUUAAAAGAAUUACUUAACAAGUAUAAAGAAGAUACCAGACCACUUUGGAAAAUACUGAAGGAACAAGAAAAAUGCGACGUUCUGAGCAUUCCGGAAAUCGAAAAUGAAAUGCUUUCUCCCCUCGAAAUUGCGAGAAGAAAUCGUGCAUUUGAUGUCUUUAAUCAAAUGUUCAUAGACAGGUCAUGGCACGAUGUCAUAUUUCUGAAGCAUGUCCGAAAGAAUCCGAACUUGCUUUUGGAUCAGUGCAAAAAAAGCAAUGAGUUUUUAAAAACGCUAACUUUCAAGAAAUAUGACGAGAUCAAAAUUUUUUUGAAAAUGCUGGAAGCCCGUAGCCCAAUGUACAAUAUCCGCCAUCAGAAGUUCACAAACAAGAAAUUAAUGGACGAUUUUCGGGAAGCUUCUCUAAAUCGAGUUCAGUACCAAACUAGUCGUAACAUGAAGACUGCCCUGCGAAGUAUUCGAUAUCUUCGACAAACUAAAAACUUAACAAAACUGUCGAGUUAUGUGGAGGAAGUAAUGGGCGACUAUGUGGUAAAAAAGACCAACAGGAUUAUGCCUUGGAAGUUCGAAUUUUUGAACGAGAUGUACAAUACAUUGGCGUUGGCCUAUGUCGAUCAGUACACUGUUCCGAAAUACUUUCGGUAUGCAGAAAAGAACGCUCUUCUCCGCUUACUUCGCUUUCCCAUGGAUAAAUCAAUGGAGGCACAAAACUUCGUAUUUGGGGAUCGCACUACGCAUCAGGAGGGCAUAGAUUCCGUAAAUCCGGCCUUGUCGAAAUCUCGUCGCUUAAUCAGCCGAUUUGAAAAUCGAAUAUUUUUCGCCAAAUACCCUAUCGAAAAAUGCUAUUUAUUUCAUCAAAUUGCAAGCACACAUCUGCAGUCACAUCGAUUUGACGAAUGCUGUUUUAAUGCCCGGAAGUCUAUUGAAGAGGCCCGAAACUGCAACAGCAAUAUUUGGCAGUUUCUCAGCAAUCUACUCAUAAUUAAGUCCAAUGCCGCCCUUCACAAAGUCGAAAGGACCAGAGAAGCCCUGGCUAAGGCACUUCAAAUUGCCGACAAACUGAAAAACAAGGAUAUCGAGAAUUAUAUAAGUGUCUGUAUAAGCUGCAACGAGGAGGAAUUUAUUGUCAAAAAGCAAAGUGUGAUGGCGAAUUCGAGCCGCCGGGAGAGUACUAAGUCAGCGAGAAGUUCCGCGUCCUUUCAUCCAAGCGAAUAGCCUUUUGUAAUAUUUUUAUAACACCUAAAAAUAUUUAAUAAUAAAUUCU